UAUGCACACACUCUGAUGGGGGUGGGAAGGUAAAGCCUCCCACAGUUCCGCUGCUUGGCGCCUCGGGCUGCGGCUCAGGCGCUAAUGAAGAGCUCAAUUUAGCCAGUGACGCGCCAGCAGCAUAGCCACGCGCGCUGACUGGCUGAGAGUGCUGCUGACAUCACACUCCCUGGCCGUUGAUUUGCCGCCGUCUCCGAGCUUUUUUGGGGGGGUUUGAGUCUCAGCCAUGGGCUCCGGCAGUUAAGCUACAGACAGAGCAGCCGCUGCAGAGAGGAAGGGAAAGAGAGCGCGGGAGCGGUAGAGGAAUAAAGACAGAGAGGGAGAGAAACUGAGGAGAGAGAAAGGGUGAAACAAUAAAAAGGGGGGAGGGGGAAGCUGCUUUGGGGAGUUUUUGUUUUCGAGCAGCAAUAACUUCUACAGCCAAUGCAUCGUCUGGUACUAUGGAAACUAAAGCAUUGACCAAUGAAAAUGACGGAGGCGACUAUGUUGCAGGGUCGUGAGAGGCAUGAGUGGCUCGUUGGCGCCCGCUGCUGUUACGGCCAGGAGCCAGUGCUGGUGACGGGGACAUGGGCCUCUCCCUCAGGGCUUCCACCGCGCUCCACACUCGCCACCGCCACCACCACCACCACCAGCUCCACUGCUGCCUCGCUCACUGGGACGCCUGGUCCGGCCGUCACCACGACAACACGCUACCGCAGGCCCAUCCACAAAUUCAGCACUGGGUCCCGAGCUCUUGGUAGAUGCUCUAAGUAGCCUUCUCUGAUGAGGAUGUCUGAUCCUGUCACUGUCAAGGAGACGAGUGAAAGUAUGAGAGUCGUGGAGGAGGAGAGUGACUCUGCGCCAGAGCCCCAGGUCCCGACCUCGUCCGACAGCCAGGACCGGCCGGAGCCAUAUAAGGAGGAGAGCUGCCAGGACAACCAGAAAGAGACGCAGCAGCAAGGCUCUGGACACACAGAGAACAGGCCUAAGUCGAAUGCAAAGUUUAAGUUAGUUCGGAGCCUGGCCAUUUGCGAAGAGCCCUCUCCUCCCUCUGUUUCCACAGAAACGCCUGGAGAACCUCAGGGGGAAAUCCAGAUCCAGCUUUCCCAGUCAUUUGACACAGAGGAGACGCCUCCACCCAAGAAUGAGGACGACGAAGACAAAUGCCCUGACAUGCUGGAGAAGUCUGAGAAAACGCCACGGAAGAUGCUGUCUCGAGAUUCCAGUCAAGAAUACACAGACUCAACUGGCAUCGAUCUCCAUGAGUUCUUGGUGAACACACUGAAAAACAAUCCCAGGGACCGAAUGAUGUUGCUAAAGUUGGAACAAGACAUUCUUGACUUCAUCAGUAAUAACGAAAGCCAGAGGAGAAAAUUUCCUCCGAUGACCUCAUAUCAUCGAAUGCUGCUACACCGGGUUGCUGCAUACUUUGGCCUCGAUCACAAUGUUGACCAGACCGGGAAAUCUGUCAUCAUCAACAAAACUAGCAAUACAAGAAUACCAGAUCAAAAAUUUUCAGUGCAUAUCAAAGACGAUAAAACGGAUGACUUCCAGAAACGCUACAUUCUGAAGAGGGACAAUUCCAGCAUAGACAAAGAGGAAAACUUGCUGCGAAUGCGCUUGAAGGAGGACAGGAGGAGUAAGUCCAUCGAAGAGCGGGAGGAGGAGUAUCAGCGAGCCAGGGACAGGAUAUUUGCUCAAGAUGGUCCUGAUAGCUUCCCUUCUGACAAAAGGAUACAAGAAGAUGAUUGCUGUAACAGCAUACAGCAGAGACGGCAGAUAUUUAGGUUGAAAGACAGCCGGUCUGUGAACAGCCGGCAGAGCAGCUCGGAGAAUGAGCCCAAGUACUCUGAGCCGCGGCCGUGGAGCAGCACCGACUCGGACAGCUCCAACCGCAACCUCAGGCCGGCCAUGACCAAGGCCAACAGCUUCAACGGCAUCCCCGUGCUCAUGCGCGGAGACAGCUGCAGCAGUAGCAGGAGCACCGGGCGCCUCUCCAAGACCGGUUCUGACUCGUCUAGUAGUGUAGGCUCGUCCACGGGUUCACUCCCUCUCUCCCAGCCGCCCCUCCUCCCUGCCUUGCCUCUAACUCAGCCGGGCCCCAUAGCGCCCCUCAGCUACCCAACCGUCAGCCCCAGUGGCCCCGUGCCAUAUGAGGGAGGCCGGGGGGGCUCCUCCGCGCCGCCCAUGGCUAGCCCUAGCUACUAUUUUCUUCCUCUGGAAGCCACCGGGAUCUCCCCCGGCGGUUUCCUGGUGAACCCGCACACAGGCCAGCCCUUUGUGAAUGCGGAGGGCAGCGCUCUGCUCUACGGCCCCACCCUGGGCACUCAGCCUGGCAGGGCCCAGCAGCCCUCCCUCUCCCAUCCGCCUCCCCCAGCACCGUCUGGCCCUGCCAACCACGUCAUGUCCCAGUCUGCUCCUCCUCCGCCCGUCCGGCCCCUGCAGAUGGCCGCGCCGCCGUCCGUUCAGCCUGUCCACUACCUGGCCUCUUACCCGCCUCCGCUCCUCUCCGCCUCUCCUAACCAGCACUACACUGUGUCUGCCUUUAAGCCGCCUCUCACGCAUGCUCUGAUGGCUGUCCAUCCUCUGCGCUUCCACCAGCAAGAGAACCUGGGAGCUCACUUCAGCCACAUGAGCCUGGCACACCACCAGCCGCUGGGCAACGGCCGCGACGCGCACCCCCAUACUGCCAUGUACCCCUCGUCCGUCAUGCUGCAGGGCUCCCCGCAGCAGUCGGGCUACAUGGUGACACAAGCAGGGCCCCCCGGAGUGGCCCCCGCGGCCUACCCUGCCCAGGGCCCUGGGCCCCUCACCCAGUCCAUGCUGCCGCAGCAGCAGCAGCAGCAGCAGCAGCAGCAGCAGCAGCAGCAGCAGCAGCAGCAGCAGCAGCAGGGCUACAUGCAGCAGGCACUGCAGCAGAUGGCCUCGUGUUACUGUGCUCCGGCCCAGUACCCCGUCUCCAGCCAGCAGUACCGGCCUGUGGGCAACAUGCAGUACAGCAGCCCUCAGAACCAGACAAUGGCCGCCGCACCCCCACCCACCCAGCAGCCAGGUUAUCAAACUGUGAUGCCAAAUCAACCGCAGAGCUAUCAGAACAUGGUCGGGGUGCAGCAGCCCCAGAGCCAGAGCCUGGUCAGUGGCCAGCACAGCAAUAUGGGAACCCAAAUGCAGGGCAUGAUGGUCCAGUAUCCCUCCAUGCCAUCUUAUCAGGUAUCUCUUCCUCAAGGCUCACAGAGUGUGGGCCAGCAGCCCUAUCAACAGCAGAUCAUCAUCCCCAACCAGUCCUGCCAGGGUCCCAUGCCUGGCACGGGGGUUCAGGUCUACUACAGCGUUAUCCCACCAAGCCAACAGGGCACCAUUAGCUCCUCUGUGGGGUUUUUGCCUCCUCCAGGAACAGAGCAGAUGCCUUUCCCUCGCACGUCGUCCCCCUGCAGCUCUCAGCAGAUCCCUGCCCAGCAGUGUUCAGGUGUGCCGCAUCCUCCGCCCCCGGGCAGUGGGAUGGUGAUGAUGCAGCUGACCAUGCCCCAUAGCCAGCAGCCUAAGGCACACUCGCCUCCCCAGUGGAAGAACAACAAGUACUUCAGCCUGGACCACCAUAGGAACCACAAGACCACAGACCUCUCCAGCCUGGACACCUCGCAGAGUAGCCCUCAGCUGGGCAGCCCCUCCUCCUCUCCCUCCCAGUCCCCUGGCCCAGCCCACCUAACCAACAUGAAGGGCAUACGCCCAGGCAUCCCCACCUUUCCCAUCAUGCAGCAGUUUUCAAGACCCUUUGGUCCAGGUCAAGCUGACCCCAGGUAUCCCCUGCUUAGUCAGCCCCUCCAGUACAACCCUCAAGUCCGUCCUCCUCUACUCCACGCUCCACCUGUCAUGUCCAACCACCAGGGGCCUGGAGGGAUGCGGCAAGGAGGACGGGGGCGGAAGCAGCCAAGGAAAGCGCUUUCCGCAGAUCUCAGUGUAGGUGAAACAGUAAACGAACGAGUCCUGGAGGUGACGAACUUGCCGGCAGGCAUAGGCAGGACGCAGGCAGACCCGAUGUUCAGGGAGCUGUGACUUGACACUUCUGACACGGGCAGACAGGCAGUUGGGACUGGCCCUCUAAGUCCCAGGGGGGGGGGCUCUGGCGGCCAGCACAGUGCAUCGGUCCUCCAGCCAUCGCAGCCCUGGCCACCUCUGAAGCAGUCGGGGCCACCUGUCGCUCCAGACAGGUGGCACAGAGGGGCACUGUCUCACCACGCCAACCCGUGUCCUUACAGACUGGCUCUGAGCACAGGACACGGCAAGCCUCCCGACCUUCAAGCAGGCCAGCUUCCCAAUAAGUGGGACCUCAGUACCCUUCAACAACAACAACAACAACAACAACAACAACAACAACAACAACAACAACAACAUCACACAUAUAUAUAUAUACACACACAGCCACCAGAUCCCUCCCUCUGCCCUGUUAAUGCUCUGUUGCCAUGACUAUCUACAUUCUGUUCCAUUUAAAGUUAGCCUGUGAUAAGUUUGUAAUUAUUUAUCCCCUUUUGAUUUUUUUAAGAUGUGUGUUAGGUUGAGGUUUUUCUCUACCCACUGAAAAAGGAACAAAAAAUAAUAAAAAAAACUGAACCCACAUGAAUGUUAAAAAUAGACAGGAAAAAAAAAACGUGAAUCCUGAAAUAUUCAGCUCUCCUUCCAGAAAUGAUAGGAACAUGUCAAAAUGCAGCCUCAUAUAUUGUUUUGUUUGUUUGUUAUAAAGGAGGUUUUUUAUUUCUAAAUUUUAUUUGUGAAAUAUAUUUUCAGACCUGAACCUCAGUUCAAUGAUUGUUUAAUCCUGUACCCCCCCAGCCACGUUCACCCCCCCCCCCCCCCCUCCACAGGUGCUCUGAGCAAUGAUUACGCCAUCUCACUAGCCAGUGGUCACACAGUGUAGCCUGCAGCUGCACGUUGGGUCUCUGUUGUUGUGCCUUCUACCAGAGGUCUGCUUCUCUUCUCUCCACAGAAGAAAACGAAGACACCUCGGUGUCUGUUUUACAGUGAAGACCCACGUCGUGUUUUUUGUAAAUAAUUUAUAAAAAAAAAUGUCUAGAUAAUUGCUUCGUUUCUCAACGAAUGUUUGUAAAUCGCCCGAACACAAGCAAAAAGCUUGUGUGGAGCAGCCGCUAGAUAACCUCAUUUCACCAAAGCCAUCGACUCCUUGCGUUGCACAUAUUAUUGGUCAUUUUUCAACAGUUUCAAUCUGCCCUGACACAUGCCACCCUUAGACGGUGUGUAUUGUGUCAAACACUUCACUAUGAGGUCUUUAUAAAUUAUAUACCUUCUGGGUGACUGGAAAAAAAAUGUUUGCACAUUUAUACAAUUUGAGAUAUUAAAGAUAUAUAUAUAAAUAUA